GUGGAUCGAUUUCUUUUAGGUGUAACAUUCAUAUACUAAAAGUGAUUAUGGUAAACUGUGCCAAAAUUAAUAUGUGGAUAAUUUACAAGAUUUCAAAAACGAUACUGCUGAUGACAAUUGUGGGCGCGAUUAACAAUGCCGCUGAAAACUACAAUGAACAACCACAAUUUCAAACUGAUAGCGGAAAAUUAAUUAUUCGAUCAGUACCAUCCCGAAAUAUAACAUUUCGCGUGAAAGGUGAAGGAUGUAUUUUCAUUAAUUCAGUUGAUAUACUCAAUCUUGUGAAAAAUAAAGAUGCAAAGCUACGCCCACUUAAUCAGGAUGUGUUAACUACAAAGAGCGUUCGGUCACUCUUGGAAUCGUUCAAAGAAGAUUUGCACAUUCUAGGAGCACGAUUCUCAUUUUUACAAAAUCGGACCAGAGGCCGCGCACAGACAUUAAAUAUCCGUCGUAGUUUGGGGAGGGUACGGCGAGUUCUUAGCCGUGCCACGCAAAUCGAAAAUAAUCUGAUAAUAAAUGAGUGCCAGGACGUAGACGGAAACUCUACCCGAUGUAAGAAUAGCGGUACUUGUUACGACGGCUACAAAGAUUUCCACUGUGAAUGCCCAAACGGAUGGACGCUGCUCGUGCCGCAAUGGUUUUUAUGGCUCUCACUGCCGAAUGCGCAAGGCCAGUUGCGAGGAGGCCGCCAGUGGAGAAUUAUGUGGCCAUGGAACUUGCGUUCAAGCGAAUAAUGAUGCUGGAUACGCUUGCAUUUGCGAUCAGGGGUGGAGCAAAAAUCAAGUGGUUCCAGAAGCCGUAUGCAAUAUUGACGUAAACGAGUGUAAUGAUACAACUAAUCCAUGCCACAGUGAAUGCACAAAUUUACCAGGUAGUUUUAAGUGCAAUCCAUGCCCGACUGGCUACACCGGAAAUGGAAUUUCUUGCUCAGAUAUUGAUGAGUGCUCUAUUAAUAAUGGCGGCUGCAGUAUACAACCUAAAGUGUCAUGUAUUAAUACUGAGGGAUCAUACCAUUGUAGCAGCUGCCCCGCGGGUUGGGAAGGUAAUGGUAAACUUUGUGAGAGCAACGCACCCGAAAGUUGCGAAUCCAAUAAUGUAUGCUAUGACAAAGCGAAAUGCGAUUACGUAUCAAAUACUGUUGUAUGCACCUGCCCUCCCGGUAUGUACGGUCAUGGGUUUGGUGUCGAAGGUUGCAGUGUAUCAACGUCAACAAAUCUCUGCGCAAAUCAUACUUGUCAGAAUAACGGUACGUGCGAAGUGCUAGGUGGUGGCACGCGAUGCAUCUGUACUCACGGAUAUAUGGGUCCCACAUGUGAUCAACCGGAUGCCUGCCACUCUAAACCGUGUCUCAAUGGUGGAACUUGCACUCUGACGAUAAGCAAUAAAUACCGAUGUGCAUGCCCUCGCGGUACAACCGGCCCGGACUGUGAAAUCGUUCGAAAUAUUUGUGGAUCGAUAAUUCGACAACCUUCUGGAUCUUUGUCAUAUCCACCUGAUGAGAGCAGUUAUUUGCCGAACGAACGAUGCGCAUGGAUAAUUCGCACCGAUGAAGCACUCAUUUUGAAUAUAACACUUGUUAGGUUUGAUUUGGAAGCAUCUUCAGACUGUAAUAAAGAUUGGCUUCAACUCCAUGACGGUCGAUCGCUGGCUUCUCGGCUAAUAGGUCGCUUUUGUGGUAAUUCUUUGCCUUUGGGCGGAAAUAUACAAACUUCACAGAACGCCUUGUUUUUCUGGUUUCGGUCGGAUAAUGAGACAAAUGGAGCCGGAUUUAAUAUUACGUGGAGAUCAUCGGUUUAUAUUUGUGGAGGAGUGGUAGAUUUAGAAGGAGAGGCAAAUGGAAUAAUACGAUCUCCAGGUUAUCCGGGAAAAACACCACCAAAUCGAGAUUGUGAAUGGCAACUUAAGGCUCCUUUCGGCCAGAGGCUUUUGUUAAGAUUUUUCGAUAUUAACUUAGGUAGUGCCAGAGACAAUAACUGUACCCGAGAUACAUUAAAGGCAAGUACACUAAAAGUCUAUGAUUCCGAUCUCUUAUUAAGAUCCGUGUGUGAACCUUCACUCAUCGAGCCAAUACACUCUUCGUCAAACACCAUCCACUUACAACUUCAUACAGAUUCUUUCGGAAUAGACAGCUCUUUUCAAUUGCAUUAUGAAGUUGUGCCGAGUGCACCCAACUGUGGCGGCGUCUUCACGGAACCAUCAGGGACCAUUGCAGGCUACAUCAAUGGACGUGUAUGCUCGUAUUUAAUACGUCAACCAAUCGACACUAAAAUUAAGUUGGAAUUCACAGACUUUCAUCUGCUAAGGUCUGAAAGUUGUUUCUUACAAAAAGUCGAAGUUUUUGACGGAGCUUCCGAUGAUAGCAACCUCUUAAAGCGUCUUUGUGGCAAUCAAAAGGAACUCGAGCCUAUAACAUCUAGAGGCAACGUCAUACUAAUACGUUACGAAUAUGUUUUGCCAUCAAUUAACUUACCUAUGAAAUUCGAGUUGAAAUAUACAAGAGUUUGCGACAGUGAACUAGACAGCGCUGAUGAUGGCAUUUUCACAACACCAAACUACCCCAAUUCCUAUUAUGAACACAUGGAAUGUACUUUUACCAUACGUGGACCUGUGAACUCCGUUGUACACAUAAAUUUUACUGAUUUUUCGAUAAGCAAAAAAGAUGACAGUCCUGAAUUUGGUAGCCCCUCCUCUAAGGCACUGGAUAAUUCUACACCCAUAACUGGCGGCGAAAGUUUUGUUGAUGUAUAUGUAUCGAAAGAUAUUAGACAGCGAUAUUAUGAAGGUACAUACCUUCAUCUUGUAUCGGAGAAAAAUGUGAUGCGUGUAACAUUUCAUGGAGGUACAAAUCAACAAAAAGCCCGCGGAAUUCGUGUUGAAUACUAUUUUCAGGAAAUGAAAUGUGGAGGUGUUCUCACUGGAGAAAGCGGUCAUUUUUCUCAUGAAGGUGUAGCAGGGCCUUCGGAGGAGAACUGUGAAUGGAUUAUCGAAGCGUCAAAAGGAAAAAAUAUUCAACUAAAUUUACACUUGUGGCGUUGGAAUAUUAUUAAAUGCAGUCAAGAAGAUGUAGAUGUUGAUGUAUAUUCAAAUGAUACCUCCACCGGUUCGCAACUUUUAUUAAGUUCUUGUGGUCAAAUCAAAGAAAUCAAUGAGACAUUUCAUGUUAAUACAAUGACUGUAUUCUUGCAUUUGAGGCGCAAUAUAAACACCAUGUUAGAAAUCACCGCAAGCUUUAAACUAGUUGAUAACAAAGAAGCCUGCGGCGGAAAUUUCACGGCGCGUUAUGGGGUUAUCAAAACCCCAUCUUGGCCAAAACUUUACGACAACUCAAUGGAUUGUACUUGGACAAUUAACGCUCCUAUGGGUCGUAAAAUUGAGCUUGCCAUACAAAAUUUUAGUGUGGAAACUACUUCUAAAAAUUGCCACGAUGACUAUUUGGAAAUACGAAAUGGUGGGAGUGAAACAUCACCUUUAAUUGGUAAAUACUGUGGAAGUAGUAUACCAGCACGCGUACCAUCCUUUGCAAACCAUCUUUAUUUGCAUUUUGUGUCUGACUCGCGCAUCUCCGACGCAGGAUUUUACAUUAUAUGGCAGCAAACGGAGACGGGUUGUGGAGGUAAACUUAACUCGUACCAGGGUUCAAUACAUUCGCCACAUAAUGAUGAUGUUAGCGCCGGCACAGUAUCGUGUGAUUGGCAAAUAACGGUUUCUCACGGUUCUACAAUUAAAAUUAAUAUUACAAGCUUUGAGGAGCGCUCGUAUUUAUGCGGUCAGAAUUUUCUAAAGGUAUAUGACGGAAUAACCGUUAACAGUCCUCAAAUUGAUUUCACGUGUGGGAACAACAAAAAUAAAGUUCAACUAAAAACUUCAGCAAAUCAGGCUUUAAUAAUUUAUAAUUUCGCCGAUAACGAAGUUGAAAGUGGAUUGCGGUUCUUCAUCGAUUACGAGAGCAAUUGUAAUGUCAAGCUUGAUAACUUACGUGGUGUGAUUGAGUCGCCGAACUUCCCUGAUAAUUACCCUCCAAAUCUGAAUUGUUUCUGGGAUAUACAAAGCGGGAAAAAAAACAAAUUUCAAAUAAUAUUUUCCCAUUUGGACAUUGAAAUUCGAGACCAAUCUUGCGAUUUUGACUAUUUGGAUAUCUUUGAUUUACAAAACGACGACGUACUCUCCAAACAGCACUUAUGUUCGAAUCCCCGCAAAGCUAUAAUUACGGAAGGUAAUCGAUUCCAAAUAAAAUUUGUCACCGAUUACUCUGAACAUGCAAAGGGGUUUCGCCUGGAAUAUAAGAGGAUUGGUUGUGGGGAACAUUUAUCGGGAAAUUAUGGCGUUAUAAAGACGCCUAAUGCCCCUUACAGCAUUGACAUGAGUUGUGAUUGGUACAUCGAGGUUGCAGCUGGCAAAAAAGUUGUCCUUAACUUUGAUGAUAUUCACAUCGAAUCAGCACGAGAUGACUGCACUGAGGAUGGUAUUAUUGUUUCAGAGGAAAAAAAUUCUACCAAUUAUCUUCUAAGGGAGUGUCGAAUAGAUCAAGUGCCUGUUACCAUUACAUCACAAGCGAAUCACUUAUACGUUCAUUUUUAUACAAGUAGUUUUCGCUCAAGAAAAUAUAUUUCCGGAACUUAUAAUGCACGAGACUCCUCUUGUGGUGGCAUUUUCCGUGGCAACAGUGGCCAUAUAUCAUAUCCGCCGCAUGUCGAUGCAUCUAGUCUCAAUUUGGAGUGUGUAUGGCUAAUCAAUGUUGAGAGUAGUUACGCAAUGAAUAUAGUAUUCGAGCACUUCAAUAUAAGCUGCGAUGAUACAUUUUUGGGGUUUUUCAAAGUGAUUGACGAUUCCGAGGAACUCAUAGAAAAGACUUGUGGCGAUACAUUGCCAACAAGUAGAAUGAUUCAGGGCAAUAGUCUGAAAGUUAUAUACAAAAGGAGCGCCGCUGGAUGGGGAUCAUUUUCAUUUAAAUUCAAAAAGACUUGUGGAGGAUAUCUGAAGGACUCUUACGGUUAUCUGAAGUCUCGAUUAGAGGAAGAUUGCGUAUGGAAAAUUGACUCCGAAGGCACACAAAUUUUCUUGGAUAUAUUACAAUUAGAGUGUUUCUGCUCAAAGGCGUCUAAUUGUAAAAAUGGUUUGAGACUAAUAAAUGGAAAUGAUAAAAGCGCGCUAAACCAGUUUUGCGAAAAUCAUAGAUCCAACAUCGUUUUGCCCACAAACUCUUUGGAAGUACACGCUUCGCAAAUCGAAUUUACGGCCAAAUAUAGCGUAACACAAAAUUCUUGCGGAGGCAUACUUACGUCUUUGCGGGGCAUAUUGACCUCCCCUCUCUACCCGCAAUCUUAUCCAUCUAAUGUAGAAUGUGUGUGGGAAAUUAAAGCUGCGGCUGGCAAUAAUAUAGAGUUGGAUGUCCAAGAAUUGGAUAUCAGAUCUUCAGAGAACUGCAACCAAGAUUUUCUAGAGGUACGUCAGGACAAUGAACGUGGUAGGAUGCUUCGUUUAUAUUGCUCCAACGAUACAGGGACGGACAAAAUAGUCACAUUUGAGAAAAUGUGGAUCAAGUUCCGUACUAUUGUAGGAAGCACAGGCGCUGGGUUCAAGUUGGCAUGGAAUUAUGGAAUCGCCACCUUUAAUUUCCGCUCGUAACGACGAGGCUUAUACCUGGAGAAUUCUACAGAGCAGGGGGAAUUUUAUUUGCAUCAACUUUAAAGAGUAUAACGGCGGCUUGAAGCUGUAUGAUGGUUUUGAUGACACGGCUUUGGAAAUACCUAUCCAAUUAUCGCCUUGGCAAUAUACAUCCAGUAGCAACGUUUUGUAUUUAGUCAGUUGUAAUAGUGAGCUAGAGCCUUUCAAAAUCGAUUGGAAAACUGUCAAUAACAGUGUCACACAAACCAAUCUGUCCAGAAGUGAUUGCGCUAAGACUUUUGUCUUAAAUUAUAACAACCGCCUUAAUAUUUCUUCGCCUGGGUAUCCAAAUGGCUAUGCUAAUGACUUGGACUGUACAUGGAUCAUAAAACCAGAAGAUGCUACCGAGCAUAUUUUGCUGAGUUUAUAUGAGGUUAAACUUGAGGCUUACGGGGAAUCAGAUUAUUUGCGUAUCCUAACAUCUCAUAAUUUAAGAGAUUGGCAUAAGGAAUUGGAUAUUUCUGAUAGCAAAGACAUGUCUAUUAGUCCUGUUAAAGUUGUUGAAGGCACGCCUUAUUUAAAACUUGUACUACAUACGGAUUCCAGUGUUAAUCGCACGGGAUUCACUUCGUUGGCAAAGACUGUUUGCGGUUCUAACAUGACCGGGCUUACAGGACAUAUAUUGGCGAAAAAUGUAAUGCGCUCCCGGAGCUCGAACUCCUAUUGUAUAUGGCAUAUUGAAGUCCCUACUGGUAAAAGGAUCGCCCUUACUUUUGAUUUCGGAACAAAUUUUGUGCCCACAUCUCAAACUUGCCGACAAUAUGCGGUAGUUUACGACGGAUUCGAUGACAAUGCGCGAAUAUUAUCGCCUGGGCGCAUAUGCAACCAAGCAGGUCGUAACGUUAAAAGCUUAGAAUCUUCAACUAGCCGCUUAACCAUUAAAUAUAAUCUAAACUGGACCAAUGCCUUUGAGAAAGAUUUUGACUUCAAUCUGACUUAUCAACAAGUCGGUGAUUGUGAUACCCAAUUACAACUAACACAUUAUCUAAGAUCAGCUAACAUUAGCUCGCCUAAUUAUCCCAACGUACCCAAUCCACACACAGAGUGCAAUUGGAUUAUAAUAGGUCCUGUGGGCGAAACGUUGCAAGCUGAAUUUUUGGACCAUUUCAGUAUGAAUACUCGGUUUUGUGACAAAGAAUUCAUAGAAAUUUUUGAUGGCUCGACUGAGUUGUCACGAAGUUUGGGACAUUUCUGCACAAAGCCCAAUGUAAUUCGAUCUACCGGAAAUAUUCUUCGUUUUCAUUAUUUAACCGAUAUAAGCGAGCCUCGGAGUGGCUUUCUUUUGAAUGUAUCUAUUUCCAGCUGUGGCGGUACCUAUACAGAUGUAGCUGGGGACAUUACAUCACAUGGUUACCCGGCGCUUGGGUCCUAUCCAAAGCCAGCCGUUUGCGAUUAUACUAUAAAAAUGCCCUACAGAUCACGAAUGCGGUUAAAUUUCAGUGACAUUGAUUUGCCAUACAAAAAUAAUAAUUUGAAUCGGUCAGAUCGUAUAGAAGUUGUCACGAUAAGCGAUAAUCCUGAAAUAAUAACGGUUUUAUACGGAAAUUUCACAACAAUGCCAGUAUUAGAAAUUGAUACAAAUGCAGUAACGCUGCGCUUUAUAACUUUCCAAGAAAGCAAUUUGUAUCGGGGAUUUAAGUUAAGAUUCCAGCGUUUAUAUGGUCUUUGUUUCCGCGAGGUUGAAAACGAUGCUGGUGUAUUGUCAUUGAACAUGCUUGAUCGGGUCCCAAUUUAUGUCUCCUGCAGAUGGAAGAUCAAAGUUCCAAAAGGACAGCGAGUGACUUUCGAGUUUCAAAAAGUCGAAGCUCAGAGUGUUGCUAAUAAUACAGAACGAUUUCUACAACGAACACUUCCAUACAGAAGUACUUUGACAACAAAAAUUUCAUUUUACAAUGAUCCUGAUAUGCUUUCAAAAAUUACCGAAGUGGAUAUUGAUAAUUUCAACUUUUCUGAGAGAAUUUUCUCCUCGGACAACUACAUGUAUGUGCGUAUAGAUCUUAAUCGCCGCAUGUCUUCAAUACGGACACUACAAGCACGAUACAGCUCCAGCGAUGAAUCUCCCUGUCCACCCGAUAUCAACGAACAGGCGUCUGGAUCUGUCGACACAAACCGAUUGUCUACAAACGUCAACUUCUUUUGCACAACUAGAUUCAUAUUGAGUGGAUUUGAAACAAUAACCUUUGAGAUCAAAGAGCUUGUGGUUUACCGAAAUAAUACAUUUAAUAACCCAUAUGCCAUUCGUUUCAGUGAUGAAAGUUUACUAAUGCCGUAUAAGACGGUAUUUAUGAAUGCAAUUGGUACAACGGUAUCCUUAUCUUCCAAGGGUGGCAUGCUUACAAUGCUACAAAAUGAUAAUGUUAAAAUUAAACGCUUUUCGGCAGAGUUCCAUCGCCAUUCGUGCGGAGGAAGUUUUUACUUAAUAGAAGCUUUCGAAAUAGUAUUUCCUCCCAAAAAUUUUGUUCAUGGCGGGGAUGAAAGUCAUAUCGAAUGUGCUUGGACGAUUAGAGGAGCUUCCGAAAGUCAACCUUAUAAGCUCUUUGGUAAUAUUAGCCUGAAUGAGGACUGUAGCAAGGAAUUUAUCGCCAUUCAUUCUGGUAUGACUCCGGAACUUCCACUUAUCUCAAAAAUUUGCAACAAUUCAACUGAGCUUAAUUCGGGAAUCGAUAUAAAAAAGCAUUUAACUACAAUUUUAUAUCACUCCAGCGAAAUAAGGCCAAGCUCGUCAUUCAAAAUAACGGCAGAAGCUUCCAUUGCUUGUGGAACUAAAAAGACGGUUUUUAUUAACUCUCCAGCGGUAAUAAUGGAUUCUAAGAUAUACAAAAGUAAUAUGGAAUGCAGUUGGGAAUUUGAAGCAAGCUCAGGAUUUUAUAUGUCUGUGGAGUUCCUGGGAAGAUUCUUUAUAGAGAAAUCCGCAAAUUGUUCAAAGGACUAUCUUGAAAUAUAUUCUUAUGAAGGUGCAGUUUGGCAACCAAAGGAACGCUUUUGUGGUCGAGAUGUUCCUAGUACGUACAACGCCACAUCACAGCGUAUAUUAAUUGUGUUCCGCACAGACAACGAGACGACGGGAGAUGGAUUCACGUUCCGAGUAUCAUCGUCCUGUACCGCCACUUUCAAUGUUACCAACCACCUGCAAUUAAUACGAUCUCCUGACAUAGACAUCACACAAUACUCUAGGUUUGGCUGCAUAUAUACCUUUGUAUCGAACUCAGAUAGUGCGAUAAGUUUACAAGUGAGGAAUAGUGUAUAUAGAGAUAGUUUUAGGCCUAUCUACAGGAAUAGAUUGUGUAUGUUGAGUUUCACAGCAUACAAGAAGGGAGAAGACGGAAACGAAAUCAGAGCUGGCGAAUACUGCGAAGGAGCAGAAUUAAUUGAGAAUAGGUAUUUGCGUUUAGUAUUUAACAGAGCUUACGAAGGUUUCCAAAUCGCGUACCAAUUGAAUUCAUGUGGCGGAAACAUCACCCAAUCCACAACUAUUCGUUCUUUAUCGGCUACAAACGGCAAUAGUGGCAAUGAUUUUGUAUAUGCUGACAACAUGAACUGCGUGUGGAAUAUCGUGGCACCACCGGACCAUUCUAUAUUAGUGCGAUUUAUAUAUUUCGACAUGGAAAAACAUGAUAAGUGCUUUUAUGAUUUCGUAGCCAUUUACUCAGGAUCUUCACCAAGGAACGAAAACGAACUCGUUAAGCUUUGUGGUAAUUUAAGUGCAGAUCCGCCGCUGGUUUUAGUCGAUGAUAACCAUGCCUUUAUUACGGCUGUGUCCGAUACUAGUUACGCGAAAAAGGGCUUCCAAGCUGACGUCGUCUUCGUGCGCAACUGUAAUGAACGCAUUGGAUUGACCAACGAAGACUCAAUUGCACAAACACUUGUAAUGGUUAGAAAUUACACAGUGAACCCAGCUGAAGAACUUCAUUGUCAAAUUCAUGUAACAGCUCCGGAGAGUUUUAGGGUCACAGUUCAAAUAAGAAAGCUGAAUAUUAAUCCAACCCAAUGUCUGGAUGAAUCAUGUGUGCAAUGUAAUUACUUGGAGGUUAUGGAACCUGCGGAAAAAGGUGAUACGUCCUUGUCCGUGGGGAAAUUUUGCAAAGAUAACGAUGGGAAUAGAAAGUUGAUAACUUCCAAUGAGCAUGCGUUAUUACAACUAAGUUUUCUAAAGCAGGGGAACUACACACUUGAAAUCGUUCUCGAAAUCAAAAAAUCUGUUUGUGGUGGACGAAAUGAGCUAGAACUUCUUCCAGAAAAGGUUCUAACAAUAAACUUUCCACCUGAUGGGCCAGAAUAUCCACCGAAUGUUCAUUGCAAAUGGCGAAUCAAAUCAGAAACCAAUUUUCAAAUCCACUUUGAAAACAUGCUCCUGCAAAAUCCAUCGGUCGAGACUGGUAAAUGCCUUGAUUUUCUACGGAUAAAUCAGGAUACGGUGACUGAAAGCUAUUGCGGAAACGUCACAGGAUUUACCAAGUCCUUGAGUAUAUUUCAAAGUCAUCAGAAUGCUUAUACAGAUUUAACUUUUCACAGCGAUGAUUCCGUCCAGGCAAAAGGUUUUAACAUAACCCUUUCGAGUCAACAACCUUGUAAUCGCACUUAUACGAAGCUUAGUGAGUUUAUAGAAUUUAAACCGACUAGAAAUUCGAGUCCAACGUGCUAUGAAGUUAUACAAAUACCUGAUGAAUACUCAAUCAACUUACAUAUUCUCUUGACCACAUCAAACUAUAUGCGGUGGAAUUGCUCGCACCCAAAUCUCCAGAUAAACGAUACUGUAACUAACACAAAUCUGAGGACGCAAUGCAUUUCAUAUUUCCACGAAGAUCGUCUUCACACAAACACAAGCGAAGUUAGAUUAUACGUCAGUCUUUUGGAAAGUUUCCAAAUGUUUUACUUUGCCAGUCGAAAGACUUUAGAACCGGGUUGCGGUGGUGAGAUAUUUACAGUUGAGGGUUCUAUUUCGAGCCCCUCUUAUGAACAUCGGAAUUUCUCUGAGUGUCGUUGGAAUAUUGCAGUGCCAGAACCGAAUCGCAUCGAAAUUGUUUUUACAA